AUGGGUCAAGAGAGAAGAGUACUGGUUAUUUACACUGGUGGUACUUUUGGAAUGUUAAAAAAUGAAAAAGGCGUAUUAGUCCCACAAAAGAACAUCGAGAACAGGGUGAUUAGAAAACUGUCACAACUUCACGACAACGAAUUCUGGGAGAAAAAUCUCGCAAAGACAGACAGACAAGACUAUCUCGUCCUACCAGAUGGUAAGGACACUGAUCUGAAAAUCCUGUACAAGAUCCUCGAAUAUGAUGAGUUGAAGGAUUCAUCUGAUUUCAUGACAGAUGACUGGAUCAAAAUGGCUAGGGAUAUAAAAAAAAAUUACCACGACUAUGACGGGUUUGUCGUCUUACACGGGACGGAUACAACUGCGUACGGCGCUUCUAUACUCUCCUUCAUGUUAGAAUCAGUCGGAAAGACUGUAGUACUAACAGGGGCACAGGUGCCGAUUUUCCAACCACGAAGCGAUGGUAACAAUAACAUCUUGUGUGCGAUUCUGAUCGCUGCAACUCAAUAUAUUCCGGAGGUCACAGUUUUCUUUGGCGCGAAGUUGUUCAGAGGAACUAGGGUCAAGAAAGUCUCGAAUACAAGGAUCUACGCGUUUGAUUCUCCAAACUUCCCCCCACUAUUGGAAGCUAAAACAACAAUCGACAUUGAUCCCAAAAUGUUGAUCCAUCCAUUGGGUUCAGUGCCAAAUGAAUGUAUCCUUCACGAUAAAUUGUGCACAGACAUCUACUUAUUGAAAGUUACGCCAACCAUCACUCCCGCUAUCAUUAGAGCAGUGUUUGAAGGGAUGAAAGGUGUUGUUCUGGAAACUUACGGAAACGGCAAUAUCCCAAUCAAACGAAAGGAAAUCUAUAGAGAAAUAGAGAGAGCUGUCAAAAACAAAGUGUUAGUUGUCAAUGUCACUCAGUGCGUCAACGGAAUGGUGCAUGGGAAACCGCUGUAUGAGACUGGACUUCUAUUAAUUGAAUGUGGAGUUAUUCCUGCGUACGACAUGACGUCAGAGGCAGCCCUCGCAAAACUCUCAUACGUCCUUAGCAAGACUGAACUUAACUACGAAGAACAGAUUGAGCUAAUGAAGAAAAACAUACGCGGCGAAUUGUACAACCCACAUCUGAAUAUUUAA